GUUCGAGUUCAUGUGCUUUAUACGAUGGCGAAAGAACCGCAAUCCAAAGAUAUGCAAGACUGCAUAAAACUCCUUCGGGAGAUGACCACUAUGAUUGAUCCCACCGAUGACUUCCUCACGAUAACCGCUGCAGAAGAACGGAUGAAGAUCAAUCAUGCGAAAGGCAAACAAGAAAUCGAUGAAGCUUAUGCAAACAUGAAAGCUCUCUCUCGUGUUCUCGAGGGAGCGCGUAAAUCGUCCACUAGACCGUCAUCAGUUCCAACAGCUGAGCAACAUGCUGCCCAGCUGAAUGAUCUGGAUGCUACUCGGCUCUCUCUCGCCAAGGCUAUACGUGACGCGGAAGGCUCACUUUCGAGCAAGGAGGCUGAGCUUGCCGCUCUCAAAGAAGAAGCCCAUGCGUUGGAAGAGCUGGAUCCCGCACAGGAGCAUCAGCGAGAGCUAGAUGGUGCUACCUUGCGCUUGAAGAUAUAUAGAGCAAUAGGGUUUGAUCCUGUCGUGGACGAGGACGGUGCAGGGACAAAAAUGCUUAUCCGUGGCCAGUCUGGUGACGUUUACUCGGUUCCAGAAGACCGCAACAGAUCCGCAUACGAAGACGCGAACCUUCUCUGGAAACUCGCUUCGACAUAACUUCUCGAAAUACCUCUGUAGCCCUUAGUGCGACUGUCCGUCCUUGUAGGAUUAUUAGCAAGCUUAAUACCUGGUCAUAAUACUGUAUUAUCCAUGUCGUUCUUAUUUUGAGCAAUUAACUGUGUCCCGGGAUAA